AUGGAAUCUACCCCUCCGAUACCCCAUCCGUCAUUGAGCCGCAACCUCCAGUCUGAAGCAUCGCCCCAGCUUGUCCAUUCCCUUCACGAAACACGGAGCUCGGUUCUGAGCUUAGCCGCAGACAAUACCCAUAUCUUCUCCGGAAAUCAGAACCACGACAUCUCCGUCUGGGACAAACGUACUUAUGUACUAAAGGCGACUUUACGUGGACACACUGGAAGCGUGUUGGGCCUUGAAUACGCGAAGGACAAGAAGUGGCUAUUCAGCUCGUCAGGGGACAGUACCGUCAGAGUCUGGUCCACGGAAACACUCCAGCUACUAUAUGUCAUCGACCCUUACUUGGAGAAUUGUGCAGGAGACCUCUUUUCUCUCGCCUGGUCGUCCGCACUGCAGACGAUCUUUGUCGGGUGCCAAAACACGUCUCUCCAGUGGUACAACUUCAGAGAACUCUCCAAGGCCAUCUCCGGCGACAGCCUAUCAUCUCUUUCUUCCUUUUCGGGAACCUCGACACCAACAUAUUCGUCUUCAAGGAAGGCACAUAAAUUCUUCGAUAGCUACCCACAGUACGAGAGGAGGCCGGCGGACAUAUACGCCAACAAUGGGACCCCCAUCAGAGCUCAUGGACGCGGUAGCCCAGAGUCGGAUGGUUCCGAUAUACCACCACCACGAGAAUUCUUAGGCAUUCCUGCUUCAAAUGUCGUUGACUCAGCCCAUUACGGUUAUAUCUACUGUAUGACUGUCCUGACUGAACGCGAGCAUGGAGUCCAGCUCGCAACUGGUAGUGGAGACGAGACAGUUAAGCUGUGGUCGUGUGAAACUGGCUUGCCUGAGCUAGUGCAUGAGUUUAGCUGCAACCAUGGGGCGGUGUUAGCCCUUGUUGCAAAGGGCGACACUGUCUAUGCUGGAUGUCAGGACGGAUAUGUGAAGGUCCUUGACCUUGAAACUCGGACUCUUGUCAGGACUAUUAUUGUUCAAGAGGGUAUUGACAUUCUUGCCAUGUCAAUGUUGGAUUCCGAUCUAUACACAUGCUCUGCCAAUGGCUGGGUCAAGCGCUGGUCCGCUUCCUUUGACCGUACUGCGUCAUGGCAAGCACAUCAAGGAAUAGCCUUGUCGUCCAUUAUCGCCAGACGGAAUGGUUCAAACGAAAGUGGCUUUUGUCUGAUCACCGGGGGGAACGAUGAUCACAUAAAUGUAUGGGACGUUGUGCCUCCAAAGAUCCGCCUCGCGCGUGUAGAUGGCGAUGGAGAGGAGAGCAGUCAGUCGUGCAUCGGCUCAGGCUCGUUCAAUGAUACCAUGCUCUAUGCCCUUGGGAAAUUUGUUACCAUCCCGAGUAUCAGCUCCGACCCAUCCCACCGCGAAGACUGCCGUCAAGCCGCUAUCUGGUUGAGAAAGUGUCUUGGACAGCUCGGGGCCCACACAUUUUUGCUUCCCACUGGAGAAGGGAACAAUCCCAUCGUCCUUGGAACUUUCAAAGGAUCUAUGAGCCAUAAGCCAAAACGACGUAUACUUUUCUACGGCCACUACGAUGUCAUACCCGCUCCUCCAGACGGCUGGAAUUCGGAUCCGUUCAUUGCGUCUGGGCGUAAUGGAUACCUGUACGGACGUGGUGUCACCGACGACAAGGGCCCUAUCAUUGCAAUGGCAUGCGCGGCUGCAGAUUUGCUAUCUAGGCGAGCUCUUGAAGUCGAUCUAGUCUUUCUGGUUGAGGGAGAAGAGGAAUCCGGAAGUACUGGGUUUGGAGACGCAGUUCGAAAGCAUAAGAACCUCAUUGGCGACAUAGAUGCAAUUAUCGUCAGUAAUUCUACGUGGAUAGGAGAUGAUCGGCCUUGCAUUACGUAUGGCCUUCGAGGAGUUGUGCACUGCGGCCUUGAGAUCUCUAGUGACAGACCCGAUUUGCACUCCGGCCUUGAAGGAGGUGCGGUAGUCGAACCCAUGGUGGACAUGGUUAAGCUUCUCGCCACGCUCAUUGACAAUAAUAGGGUUGUCCAGAUACCCGCUUUCUAUGAUCAGGUCCGCGAGCAGACCGAAGAGGAGAAAGAGCUCUAUAAGUUGCUUUCCGAUGUCACGCAACGGCCUGCCUCCCUUCUAUCCUCUCGUUGGAGAGAACCCUCACUGACAGUCCAUAACAUUGGCAUAUCUGGUCCAAGAAAUGCAACUGUAAUACCUGGUACUGUAAAGGCGCAAAUCUCCUUGCGUAUCGUCCCUGAUCAAGAUCUGGACACCAUUGUCAAAUCUCUGCGCGAGUAUCUCCAUAAAUCGUUCGAGCAGUUCCGUUCACCAAAUCAUUUGACGGUCACUGUGGAUCACACAGCAGAUUGGUGGCUUGGAAGGCUAGAUGAUCAUUGGUUCAAGUCGUUAGAAAGUGCUGUGCGCGAAGAAUGGGGCGUCGAACCUCUGCGCAUCCGUGAAGGAGGGUCUAUACCCUCCGUACCAUACUUAGAAAAGGAAUUCGGAUGUCACGCGCUGCACCUUCCAAUGGGACAGAGCUCGGAUCAAGCCCAUCUCCCAGAUGAGAGAAUAUCGAUCAUCAACCUCCACAAAGGCAAGGCAGUCAUCGAACGUUUCCUACUCAAGGUAGCAGACAAAAAUGCAUUUGAAACUUUCGCUCCAUGA